AUGGUCAAAUUGGAUUUUCAAGAAAAAAUAGAAGAAAGAGAUUUAUUUACUUUGUUCGAUACAGAUAAUGAAGCACUUAUCAAUGAAUAUUUUUCAUCAGAAAAAGUUGAUCAAGCUGCUGAACAUUGUCUACGUUUAAUUGGUAGUAAAACAAUGGUAUCAUCACAUGAUACCAAUCCGAAUUAUCACAAUAAUCCUGAUGAAAGUACACUAAGUUAUACAGCACGUAAAUUAAAAUGGCGACUUUGCAUUCUCAAAGAAUUGGAUCGUAUUAAUCGUGGUUUAUAUUCAUGGAAUAUUGGUUCAUUAUUUCAAUAUCAUAAAGAUACCGAUACAGAAGAAUAA